AUGCUCGCCCGUGUCAGCACCGUCGCCAUUGUCCUGGCCUUCGUGGCCCAAAUCUUUGCGGCUCCCGUGGCUCAACCCGCCAACUUUGAGACCGAUCCCAUGCUUCAAGUAGGCCAGAAGGCUGACUCUUCGUAUGCCGAGGGCGCUAAGAGGGCUAACUUCGAGGCGGGUCCACUGCUUGGAGCUUCUGCCUAUGCUAAGACCAACUGA